CGGUGCUGCAUCUCCCCAUAACAGGACCCAAAUCUCAAAAAACAAAAAUAAACAAAUGUUUUAGUCGCAGAAGAAACGAGGUCGUCUCCACCUCCAUCUCUGAUUCUCUGGUUAACUUGUUCAAAAAAUUUCAUCAAACAGUUCUCACAGCGAAAGGAGUAAUCGGUCAUGAAUAUUUUCGCCAAGAAGCCCACAGCCAAAGAGGCGCUUCGAGCGAGUAAGAGAGAGAUGACGAACGCAACAAGAGGAAUAGAGAGGGAAAUUGGAGCACUGCAAUUAGAAGAAAAGAGGCUUGUGACUGAGAUAAAGAGAACGGCAAAAACAGGAAACGAGGCUGCUACUAAGAUUUUGGCUCGUCAGCUUAUAAGACUAAGGCAACAAAUUGCUAAUUUACAAGGUAGUCGAGCUCAAAUGCGGGGUAUUGCUACACAUACGCAGGCAAUGUGCGCCAAUACUGCUGUUGCCACUGGCAUGCAAGGUGCUACUAAGGCAAUGGCCGCAAUGAAUAAGCAAAUGGCACCUGCAAAACAAGCGAAGGUGAUGCAAGAAUUCCAGAGACAAUCGGCACAAAUGGAUAUGACGACAGAGAUGAUGUCUGAUGCAAUAGAUGAUGCUUUGGACAAUGAUGAGGCCGAAGAGGAAACGGAAGAUCUGACUAAUCAGGUGCUAGACGAAAUUGGAGUUGACAUUGCAUCACAGUUGUCAACCGCUCCUAAAGAAAGAAUUGCAGGAAAGAAAUAUGCGGAUGCUAGCAGUUCGAGUGUGGAUGAUGAGCUGGAGAAGAGGUUGGCUGCCCUGAGAUAGAAAUUUUCAAUCCUCAAGAUUUGGAAUGUACCUUGACCCUGUUAAUUUGAACAGUUCAUAUUUUUUACUUGUCAGACUCUGCACAGGUAUAUAUUGUAUAUAUACUGGUCUCUGGAAUAUCUGAAAAAUACCAUAUAAGUAGUGUCUGAAUUACAAAUUGUCAUCGACGCAUUUAGCUUUGCAAGGGCUGUAUCGAAUUAGUUUCUUGUCCCCAGUAUGAUUCAUCCAAGUCCCAAGUGUUUGAGUAAUUUGUCAAAAA